UUUAAAUAUCGCACCUCACCUCCCUUCUAUCAGAUUCUGUGCUUGCGAGAUUAUCUUCGAUCUGAUAGACGGCGGCGGAGGAUCAGAUCCGAUUAGGAUAUGACUCGCCGCUGCUCUCACUGCAACCAAAACGGACACAACUCACGUACAUGUCCGAAUCGUGGCGUCAAGCUCUUCGGUGUUCGUCUCACCGAGGGCUCGAUACGCAAAAGUGCCAGUAUGGGUAAUCUCAGUCACCACUCGGGGUCAGGAUUGAGUGGACUCGUGUCGAACAAUCCGGGCUCUCCUGGCAAUGGCCCUGACCACGACGGUUACGCCUCCGAGGAUUUUGUUCCCGGCUCAUCCUCUAGCCACCGUGAGAGGAAGAAAGGGAAUCCAUGGAGGGAAGAGGAGCAUAGGAUGUUCUUGUUGGGUCUACAGAAGCUGGGGAAAGGUGAUUGGAGAGGUAUCUCUAGGAACUAUGUGAAGACGAGGACGCCUACUCAAGUCGCAAGUCAUGCUCAGAAGUAUUUCAUCAGACAGUCCAAUGUCUCUCGCCGCAAGAGACGUUCUAGUCUCUUUGAUAUCAUUCCUGACGAGGCCACUGACUCUGUUCCGGCGGCACCGUUGAUCCUGGAAACGGAAGAGUGUGAGUCAAUGAAAUCCACCAACUCUGUUGGUGUUGAGGCACCAGAAGACAGCAUCCAAACGCAGCUACAACCACCACCGCCUGGUUCAUUCCCUGUGCUGUAUCCGGCUUACUUCUCACCAUUCUACUCAUUCCCCUUCCCGGUGUGGCCUGCUGCGUAUGAUACCGAGCCGGCGAAGGAAGAGACUCACCAGAUUCUCAGGCCAACAGCUGUGCACUCAAAAGCCGCCCCGAUUAAGGUUGAUCAACUUCUUGGUAUGUCUAAGCUCAGCCUCAAGGAGUCUAGCCAAAACGGUGUAUCGGAAGAGUCUCUUUCACUGAAACUCGUUGGAGGUUCGUCUUCUAGGCAAUCUGCCUUUCAUCCAAAUCCAGCUAGUGAUGGUGGUUCGGACAUGAACACAGUGAUUCAUGCUGUCUAAAGAUCUGCCUGAUGGGACGGUGGUCUCUCAGAUUUGUAGCCGUAGCCAAGUGAGUCAUUGUCAUUAACAUGAAACCACAACAAUUUGCAGACAGGUGCCAAGGCUGGGCUCUUGGAUUAGUUCUUGGUUAUAUUAUAAAGAUUGUUUUAGUUAGGUUUGUUUGAAUUGCUUAGUUGAGCUUUGUUUUUUAGGGUGGAAAAGAAAGAAAGAUAAAUGUUACUGGCCUUUGCCUUUGUUUUUUUGGUUUAGCAUAACCCUUGAUUUCGUUCAA